GUCACGACAUCCUUCGCUCUGAUUGGUUGAUUCGUGUUUAGUUUUGGCGCUAGACUAGUAACGAGCGCCAGUAAGCAAGAAAGGCGUAAAGAAGCUUUUGCGAUGGGUGACAGAGAAGCCGUGUUGCUUGAAGCCCUGAGCCGGUGCGGACUGCGUGGUCUGAGCCAGGCUUGGGUAGAUUCAGUAUGGGAACUUGACUUUACAGAAACGGAACCUUUGGAUUCCAGAAUAGAAGCAGAAAUAACUGAAAAUGGAUUGGAAACAUUCAGUAGUUUGCAUGAGAAUUUGUUGGCCUUUGCAUCGGAAGAUCCGGAGAACAGCAGGAGUGUAUGGCUUCUGUUUUCUGAGAAUGACAUUUGUCGUAAUUCAUUGGUGGCCUUGCUCUCACACUUCAUUCAAGCAGCGGCUAAUAAAAAGGCCAAUGCCAUACAGAGGAUACUUGCACUAAAUGCCGCAGGCCUCUACUUUCUGCUGCUGGAAAUUCCAGGCAGUGUUGCCAAUCAGGUUUUUCAUCCAGUGCUGUUUGAUAAGUCUGUAAAUGCCCUAGAGAAAUGUUGGCCUCGGGAUCCCAAUGCUAGUCGCAAAAGGAAAAAGGACACGCUAAAGAGUUCUCAAGGGGAUAAUCGUGGGGGCAGGAAAAGACCCAGGCCUCCUAGGAGGGAUGAACAAGAGAUGGAGGAUUUGUCCGAAGAAGAACAAGAUGAGGAAGAAGUGUAUUUCUCAACUCGUGAUCUCAUGCAUAUUCGAGAUUCUAUAUUUCUCGUGCUAAAGAACUUUUUGCGUCUUCUACCCAAGUUCUCUCUCAAAGAGAAACCUCAAAGUGUGCUGCAUUGUAUUCAGAUCUUCAUAAAUUUGACUAGUUUUGAGAGUGUCCCACAGGAGAUGCCCUUUUCUGAUGCCGUCUCUGUUAACCACAUGAAGUAUGUUCCCGAACUUGCAUACCAUGGCUUGUGGUUGCUCUGUUUGCCCAUUCAUGGGGAAGGGAAUCAGACAGUGCGCCGCCUUUUUCAGCGCUUACUCAGUGUCAUCCUGAUGAUGAAAGGAGGAGAAGGUUCUAAUUCAGCCCUUUUGGUCAUUAGUCCUCCUGUUAUUAGUGCAAGAAAUCAAGCUAUUCGAUUUAUCAGUUUUUUGGUGAAUGAGCUGAAAGAAGGUACAAUCCCCGUGCUGAACAUUUUACUGCAACAUAUUUGUGUGAAGUUUCCAGAUAAGGCAGAUUACAGAGUUUAUGCUGCUCAGGCUUUGGUAAAACUAAUGGAAAAUCUUCCCAAUGCAGAAUAUGCCAUUUUCAUAGAAUGGCUGUACAAGUACUCAAAGAAUUCUAAGAUCUCUUACAGAGUGUUUGCACUUGAAGUGGUGGUUGCUUUGCUAGAUCUACCAGAAAGAGAGGCAGAUGUUUCCUUGCCUCAUGAGAACUUAAAUUUUCUGCAGCAUAAAUUCCUGUUACAGCACAUGGUAUUCAGCCGUUGCUCUGACAAAGCUCCCACUGUCCGCAGUAAAGCACUUUCCUGCCUAGCUCAGUGCCUGGAAAAGAACAGCACCACUGCCAUAGAUGGAGUGCAAGAGCUGCUGCAGGGCAGUUCUUGCCGCACUGUAUUUGGUACAAAUAUCACAGAAACCACAGGGAAUGGCACAGUGUAUGCAUCGAAUGCCAAUGAAGCUACAACACAUCCUCAGAAAACCAUGGCUACUUUAAAAAUCAUUGAAGUUUCAGACACUGGUGAUACCCUAAGUUCUGAUGGAAAGGAGGUGUUAACAAUGCUGCGCUAUAGAGCAGGAGAUGAGAAGACAAAUGUGAGGAAAUCUGCAUUGCAGGUUCUGGUGAACGUGCUAAAGUGCCAUUUGAUUCCCUGCAGUUCGGAAGAUCUUUCUACACUUCAAGACAGAUGCAGGGAUCCUGCAGUAUCUGUGCGGAAGCAGGCAUUGACUUCCUUGACUGAGCUGCUUCUGGCUCAGCCUCACAGUGUUUUGAUUCAGAAAGCCUGGUUGACUGGGCUGAUUCCCGUGGUUCUAGAUACAGAAAGCUCUGUUCAGGAAAAAGCCCUUGAAUGUCUUGACCAACUUCUGCUACAAAGUAUUACACAUUAUAAGCGCUUCAAACAAGAUGACGAGAGGCAAAAAUUAACAUGGGACUUGCUGACACUUCUCACUUCGGAAAGCCAAGACCUUAGCCGUUACCUGACAAAGGCCUUUCACUUAUGGUCAAAACAAGAUAAGUUUUCAUCAACUUUCAUUACUAAUCUUAUCUCUCACACGGAGACUGAACACACUGCUCCUGCAUGGAUGAUACUGUCUAAAGUUGCAGGCUCCUCACCAAAGUUGGAUUACACCAAAAUUCUUCAGUCUUGGGAGCGUGUCAGCAGACAAACAGAUGCAGACAUCAACACCACUGGGCACAUUUUGUGUGUAAUUGGUCACAUCGCUAAGCACCUCCCUGCAGACACUAGGACACACUUAAUAGAUCAUGUAAAGUCCUGGUUAAAAGAAUUUAAGUCUUCACCAGAAGUGAUAAGUCCUGCAGUGGAAGCUUUGCAGAAACUCUGCCAUGCACAGACUGAUAAACCAGAAGAUGUGCAGGAUCUUUUGAAUGAUGUAUGCGGUGAGAUCGUCUCAGCUUGUGAACAUCACAUCUCAUCUGUUGUAAUGGCUGAUUGCAAAGAUGAACCGCUUGACCAAGAUUUACUGGUAAAACACCUCUUUACUCUUGGGGAAGUUGCCCAGCUCUGCCCUGCAAAGGUGGAGAAACGUGUCUUGCUGCUGGUUCAAUCCAUAUUGGCCUCAUCUGUAACCACAGAACAAAAUUCCUGCCAUUCCGAUGCUGAGGAUCCUCCAGUUUCCCAACCACUCUCACAGUUCAAAGGUUCCAACAUGCCUCCUCUGAUCAGGGCUCAUGCUUUCAUAACACUCGGAAAACUCUGUCUACAACACGAAGAUCUGGCUAAAAAAUGCAUUCCUGCACUUGCCAGAGAGCUUGAGGUUUGCGAUGACGUGGCCAUUCGCAACAAUGUUAUUAUUGUGAUAUGUGACCUGUGCAUCCGUUACACUACAAUGGUGGAUAGGUACAUUCCCAAUGUUUCCGUCUGCCUUCGAGACAGAGACCCCUUCAUCCGCAAGCAAACUCUUAUCAUGCUGACCAACCUUCUGCAGGAAGAAUUUGUUAAAUGGAAAGGCUCACUCUUCUUCAGAUUUGUCAGUGUGCUAGUGGAUCCUGACCCAGAAAUAGCCAAGUUUGGGGAGUUUUGUCUGGUUCAUCUGCUCCUGAAGAGGAAUCCUGUUAUGUUUUCUCAGCAUUUUAUAGAAUGUAUAUUCCAUUUCAACUGUUAUGAGAAACAUGAGAAGUACAAUAAAUUUGCACAGACAAAAAGGGAGAGGACCCUUUUCUCUCUGAAGGGCAAAGAGAACAAGGACAAGCGAAUGAAGAUCUAUAAGUUCCUCCUGGAGCACUUCACAGAUGAACAGAGAUUUAACUUGACCACCAAGAUCAGCCAUAAUGUAUUAGCAUGCUUUGUGGAUGGGAUUUUACCUAUUGAUAUGGAAGCCAAUGAAUUGCUGUCUGACAUUUUUGACAUAAUGAGCAGUAAAGAAAUUAAGCUAUCUGCGAUGAGAUCGAAACCCGGAGAAGACGUUGGUGCUGAUGAUGAUGAGAUGGCAAUGGCUAAUGCAGUAAUGCAGGCAGCACAGAAAAAACUUAUCUCUCAGGUGCAAAAGAAGAACUUUGUUGAGAACAUUAUUCCCAUUAUAACUUCACUGAAGGGGUUCCUUGAGCAGCACCGGAUUCCUGCUGUGAGAGAUCUCAUGAACUAUUUGCGGGAGAUGAUGCAGGACUAUCGGGAUGAGAUUAAAGACUUUUUUGCUGCGGAUAAGCAACUAGCCGCGGAACUGGAAUACGAUAUGAAAAAGUAUGAGGAGCAACUGGAAAGAGAGCAAGAGGAAAAUGUGCAGAAUCCCCCUUCUGCUGAAAGCACUGGAUCCCCAAAGGGUUCCCCUAGAGCCGUCAAUGCAAUUUCAUCUCCAAGAAGUCCUAAUGCACCAAAAUCUCCCCUCUCCACUAAUGCACAAACACCUGGAGGGGCUGCACCGUGUACCCCUAUAACAACACCUAGGGUCAGCAUAUUGAAGGGUCAGGGGCCUAGGCCAAGGCAAAUGUCACUCAGUACCCUGGCAAUUCUUAAUUCUGCAAGAAAGGCUGCGCAGGACAACAAGAAACAGAGAAGCAAGAGCAUUGGAGCACAACCCUCAACUCCUUCACCAGCGAGAACAACUAGCAGCAAACAAGUGACGUUCCGUAGUGAAGAUCAGCAGUCGGAUAGUUCUCUGGUUGGAAGAAUGAUCAGUACCCCUGAUGUGACCAUUGAAAAUGUAACAUUUGGAGCUGGGGUCAGCUACAUUAGUGCAAGCCAAACACCACUCUCAGGGAGAAGAGGAAGCAUCGGAUCCCACGAGAAGGAAAGAGAUGUACUGUGCAUUAUGUCUCCUGACAAACCGGCCCCCCAGCCUCGAAAAUGGAAUGUGGAAUCUCCAGUUCAGAGAAGAAGCAUCCGCCAGCGCAUUUCUGGAAAAGCACCACUAAAGCCAUCUAACUAGAUAUAUUUAUGAAAAGCUGUGGCUCAAACUGACCAGAUGGCAAAGCCUUACGUGCGUGUAUAUAUUUAUAUGUGCUAUGUACCUUUUGUAGCCGUAUAAUCAUCUUGCCUUUCAUUGCAUUUGAUUUGAAACAUUAGCUAAUUCUGGAACAGAAAGACGCAGACCAUAGGCCACCAACUGGCUCUCUCUUAUUGUAAUCAUCUUGUUAAAUCUUUGACAUACUAAAAGCCAUAAAUCUGCACUGAGCUGCAAAUCAUCCCCCAGAGCAUUGAGGUGACAGGGAGUGAGCUGCAGCAUUUGCCCAGGGUCAGAUCUAGCAAGUCAAGAUUUAUACAUAGCUUAUUAGCUUGCCUAUCUCUGCUGAUGGAUUAUACAAGGUGCAAGUCAUAUUUAAAGCUUACUGUAAAAUCUUUAACCCUCAUCAUAGCUCAAUCCUUCUAUUCUGUGUGCUUCUGUCAUGUAAACUGCAUUAUCUUUCUUCAGCAAA